UAGUGAAAAAUGGGAUCUAUGGGACUAUUUCCCGUGACCUAGUUACCACAAUCAUGAAACCGGGUGCAACGGCUCUCGAAUUAUGGACCCGGCUUGAGGAGAUUUUUCAUGACAAUAAGCAUACUAGGGCUGUGUAUUUGGAGGAACAAUUUGCAAAAACAAAGCUUGAGAAUUUUGCAAAUAUGUCUGAUUAUUGUAAGCAACUCAAAUUACUCGCGGACCAACUCGCUAAUGUUGAUUGCCCCGUCUCCGAUCGCAAGAUGGUUAUGCAACUCAUUGCCGGUCUCACUAUGGGCGAAUAUGACACGGUGGCUGCCAUUGUUUCUCAGUCCGAUCCCACCCCAAGCUUCAAUAAGGCUCGUUCUAUGUUUCUCUUGGAGGAAACUCGACAAAACAAGCAGUCCGAAUCUGGACAGCACGCUCUUGUGGCCCAACAUUCCCAAUCUCCAACCUCCGGCAACACUCCGACGUCACAGUCACCGGUUUCCGACCACCAGCAGACCGGCGGUGGCGGCGGACGAGGAAAGGGGAAGGGGCGUGGCAGCAGCAAUGGAAAGGGGAAGGGCCGUGGGAAAAAUCGCAACAACAAUAACACCCAACAACAACAAGCAACUGGGCCCAAUGCCAAUCAGGCCCAGCAGCAGCAGCAAAGCCCUCAGUGGGGUAGGUCGUAUGGCUGGGCUCCCCGGCAGCAGGGUCAGUGGGCUUCUCCGCCCUGUCCCUUUCCCACUGGCCUAGUAGGUGCUUUCUCUUAUCGUGGGCAGCAGCAGGGCUCCAUCUUGGGCCCACGCCCGCAACAGAAUCAGGCCUACUACGUUGGCAGUCAACACGGUUACGGUCCACCUAUAACGGAUGGUACAUGGACACGGGGGCCACUUCUCAUAUGACUCGAGACUCGGGACCUUCUUUCGGGGACAACUCUAGCUCGGUGCAAUAGUGUGGGGGACCUCUAUACUUUUUCAACUUCUUCCGUUUCAUAUGGCUCUAGUCAUCUUUCUCUAGCUGCAAUUUCUCCUUCAGUUUGGCAUCAUAGACUUGGAAACCCCGGCGAAUCAGGUUUUGAUAUUCUUAGAAACAAAAAUUUAAUUCGUUGUAAUAAGAGAAAUGGUUCUUAUUUUUGCUAAUCUUGUCCUUUGGGAAAACAUGUACGACUUCCUUUUAAGUCAUCUAAUACUGUUACUUUUUCUC